CUCGGUGGCUGUGCCACGAAACAGUCGACUAAGCCACUUCUUUUCAACAUGCAGGUGUUCGCUUUUGCUUUCAUCUGUGCUGCCCUGCCCGCUACCAUUUCAACCGUCCCGCACGUACCUUCAUCUUGCGUAGAUCAGCGCACUGGCUACGCACCGGUUGUCCUUCGUCAAGUGAUGCAAGCCACACCCCAGCUUCCAUUUGCAACACCCGGCGCCAGCCUGACCACCACUGCCUCAUGGGAACUGCCUACGUCACGAACUUCAACUACCGGAUCGGCUUUAAAAGAGCAACACCCUCGCGCGCCCACCUGUGGGCUCGGUGGCUGUGCCACGAAACAGUCGACUAAGCCACUUCUUUUCAACAUGCAGGUGUUCGCUUUUGCUUUCAUCUGUGCUGCCCUGCCCGCUACCAUUUCAACCGUCCCGCACGUACCUUCAUCUUGCGUAGAUCAGCGCACUGGCUACGCACCGGUUGUCCUUCGUCAAGUGAUGCAAGCCACACCCCAGCUUCCAUUUGCAACACCCGGCGCCAGCCUGACCACCACUGCCUCAUGGGAACUGCCUACGUCACGAACUUCAACUACCGGAUCGGCUUUAAAAGAGCAACACCCUCGCGCGCCCACCUGUGGGCUCGGUGGCUGUGCCACGAAACAGUCGACUAAGCCACUUCUUUUCAACAUGCAGCUCGCUUCAUCAGACACCAUACAUCUUGGCCCCACCCCCACGUCUUUCCCUUCGUACUGGGCAUCACUUACAAGUAACCCGUCCACGCAGCCGCACUACUACCUUCUCGGCCUCCUUUUUUUGCCGUUCAUCGACUGAGUGGAACGGCCUGCCCCGUUCUACCGUUGAUAUCACCUGCCCAUCAUCAUUUGCUGAAAAGCUUAAGCACUAAUUUAUUCUUAUGUUUAUAUGUGGCUACCAGUUAUAUGCAUAUGUGGUUAUUGUGCAUAUUUUAUGAAUGUAUGUAUUAUUGUUUAUGUAUAAUUUUUGUAUGUAUAAUUGUGUAUUUAUUAUUAUUAUGUAUAUAUGUCACUCAAUUGUAAACCCACCCCUUAUGUAAUACCCCCCUUGAGGGGGCCUUUAAGGAAAUAAAAGUGAA